GGCAGGGGCUGUCAGGAGGAGGAAACCUCGAGGCAGAUCGAGGACAGAGUCAGAGUCAGUCAGCUCCCGAGGACUAACAACAUUUCAGAUCCAGUGAGUUGCAAUUUGUUGUCGAGAAGACGUCGAGUGCUCGCUAACGAGAUGUUCGUGGGCGAACAGAAAUUCCUGCCCAGUUCCAUAAGGACGAUAAUAGGGGGCCAAAAUUAUUGACACAAACUCGAUUUCUUACUCACUGACUGACUGACUUGACUGACAGACUUGCUGACACCUUUCCUCGACCUGCUCUGGCAUCAUUCCCCGUGUGUCGCCGUCUCGUCCAGCAGGGAGUUCGGUGCUUUACAUGUUGCAAAACGUGUUUUUAAGCCUACAGGUGUUGCAGGACACUGUGGUUCCAGCGAACGAGGUAGUUGUCGUUUUUUUGCCUCUGCUGCAAUCGGAAGCAGGACCCGAAACGCGUGAUCUCUUCUUCGAACGCGAGAUUUUGGCCGGGAGAGGUCUUUCUUUCAGAGAAGGGUUUUUCGAGGGAGGGAGGAAUUCAUGGUCUUGCGGCAGACGACCAGAAAUGUGAUAAGCCGUUUUUUAUACGGGAAGACUGCGGCAGGGCGAGGGAGUGACAGGAAUUAGGAAAGAAAGAAAAAGGAAAAAAGAAGUAGAGUAAUAGAAUGGUGAGGCAAAGGCUGACUGUCAGGACCAGAGUACCUGGUCCUAGAACAUUUGAUGAAGACCACGAUGAUAAAGGUCCCAGUCUCAGAGAUGUGUCGGAGAAAAAUACGCGCGGAGCUGCUUUUGAAUGGUUGCUGAUGCUCGUGCUCGUGGGAUACGCUGCAUGGGUUACGUAUUAUUUCCAGGUGGAGCAGUUGCCGCCGCCACUUUCUGGAAUUGGGGCUGGAAUUCCAGGAUUUGCUGAAGAGAGGGCUUACGAACAUGUAUUUGCUCUGUCGAACCUCGGACCUCAUCCAGUCGGCACAUCAGCUCUAGAUGAUGCCAUUCAGUAUGUCUACUCCGAACUGAUGCAAAUCAAAGAGUCAGCACAUGACUACGUCGAUGUGGAGGUAGAAGUUUUUUCCCCAAAUCCUGGGCUGGAGCGCAUGACAGGGGGAGUGUUUUUCGGGAAGUCGUUGGUGUAUACCAAUCUGAAGCAUCUUGUCGUUCGAAUAAGCCCUUCGGAUUUCAUGGAAGCCAAGGAAAAUGCAAUCCUGGUAUCUUCCCACAUUGACACUGUGAUCACCUCGCCAGGAGCUGGUGAUUGUAGUUCAUGUGUCGGUGUAAUGCUCGAAUUGGUGCGGGCUUUGUCUCAUCGAGCACAUCGCUUCAAACAUUCCGUCAUCUUUCUGUUUAACACAGGAGAAGAGGAGGGUCUUGUCGGUGCUCACAGCUUUAUAACACAGCAUCCUUGGACCUAUAGCAUACGUGCUGCAAUUGAUAUCGAGGCUAUGGGAAUUGGAGGAAAGUCUCUCCUUUUUCAGGCAGGACCAGACAAAUGGCUGCUAGAGAUGUACAAAAAAGUUGCAAAGUACCCAUCGGCUCAAAUCUUAGCCCAGGAUGUUUUUCACUUUGGAUUGAUUAAAUCUGCCACGGAUUUUCAAGUUUAUGUUGAGGUCGGAGGCCUCUCUGGUCUUGAUUUUGCCCAUGUCGAGAAUGGUGCCAUUUAUCACACUAAGAACGACAGGUCUGGACAUUUACGACCGGGUUCACUUCAACCAAUUGGAAGAGAUUUAUUAGUUUUGUUGGACAACGUGGCUCUUUCAGAUGAUUUGCCUUUCUUAAGCAACAAUGCCACAGGAUUUGAACAGAUGGAGACCGUUUAUUUCGAUAUCUUGGGCCGUUGGAUGGUUACAUAUUCCCUACGGACAGCAAACACCUUACAUGUUUCCAUUUUGAUUCAGGGUUUCAUACUUCUUAUUAGUUCUCUAUAUCUAUCAGGACUGGGAAUUGCAGCCUUAAUCGAGCUUGGAUUAGCUAUUCUCACCAUAAUAUUAACCUGGACCAUAGCUUCUGUCCACGUUUUCCUUGUGGCCGUUAUAUUACCCCAUGCUAGUCCUUUUCCUAUACCUUACAUCACACAUUCAUGGCUAGCUGUUGGGUUGUUUGGAGUUCCAGCAGUGAUGGGUGCCCUUAUAGGUCAUUCAUUAGGUCGGGCUCUUCUUAAACUUUAUAUCGCAAAGAAUCUCGACAAAGGCUCAUCAACUCGGUUCAGUAAAGAACUCUCUGCAAGGCAUGUGGAUUGGCAUGCUGAGAGAUGGCUGUUUAAAGCUGGUUUGUUACAGUGGAUGGUAGUUCUUGGCUUAGGAACGUGGAUUCGAGCUGGCUCAUCAUACAUUGCGCUCUUCUGGAUAAUUCCUCCUGCAGUUGUUUAUGGUCUGAUGGAGGCUCAGUUCUCACCGAAGCAGAAUCUUAGAGCCUUACAACGAGCAACACUUUGGCUUAGCAUGAUAGCUGGUGUCGUAGUGAGUGCAGUUCCAGUAAUACGACUGAGUGGGGUUUUGAUUGGAAAUCUAGCCAGAUUUGAUCGGAAUCCUGGUAGUGUUCCACUAUGGACCGGAAAUGCCCUCACUGGAGGUCUUAUCGCUGUUUACGUAUGUCUUACGUUGGUUUAUCUGUUACCCUUCGCACAUCGCUCAGGUGGACUUGGAUGGAUACUCGCUGCAUUGAUGAGUGUUUUUGUUGUGACGAUGGGACUUGUGAUUACACAAGUUGUUCCAGCUUUCAACGACCAUGUUGGGAGGGCUCUUAAUGUCGUGCAUGUUGUUGACACAGUAAACGUAGAUAGUGUAGGUGGGUUUCCAUCUCAGAAAAUAUCCAUAUCUGCGGGAACCCCCGGUGGAUUCGAACAGGAGUUGAAUUCUCUUCAGGGAGAAAAUUUUACCUGCGGCAAAAGUAUCGAUUUUGUGUCUCACUAUGUGAAGUCUGGAUGUGAAAAGCAAUUGGAAAAUGAUAAAUUUAUCUUGAAAGGUCAACCUAUGUUAAACAUCGAAAAGGACAAAGUGAACAAGGCAGGAAUCAGGGUGACAUCGGUUAGAUACACGACUGGCUCAUCCAUACGGUGGAAUCUUGCUUUCAACACAACAGCAGUGCAAGCUUUCAAGCUUGAGACAUCAAGUGAUAGACAAGUGUUGGUACCUGGAGGUGCUAUAGAAGGAGUGGAUGGUUGGCACAAUAUGCAGUUCAUAAGUGGAGAGACUCAAGGUCCGAACGAUUUCUAUCUUACUUUGUAUUGGCAUCCUAUUGCCGAUGCACUGAAAACAAAUGGUGACAAUCUUCUCCUAAAGUUAAGAACAGACGUGAAUCUCGUGACACCGGAACUAGAAAGAGUGUUGAUGAAGUUGCCCACAUGGUGUGCUUUGUUCGGCAAGUCAACGGCCCCUUACCCGCUUACUUACCUGGCUGAAUUAAAAGUAUAGAUACGUCAAAUUACGCCUUAAACACAUAUAGAAAUUGCUGCUUCUUAUCAAUUCUAGCUUAGAGAAAUCAGUCAGCAAACUCUGAUCUGGAAUAUGUAAUAUCUUCUCGGAAGGAAUCUCUGAGGUGUUGUAUGAUUAUGGCGAGCCUCCAUGCGACGACGGAAGUCAUCGACUUUGUAGAGUAGAACAUUUUUGAAUCCAACCUGUUCUCGUGUUUCUGUGCGACGAUUGUGCUAUGCCUGCAUUCCACCCUGAAUGUCAAAGACGGUUGAGAUGAAAUAGAGAUAACGUCCUCAUCGUUCAUGUUU